CGCCGCUUAAUGACGUAAGGACGCAAUGUUGGUGUACUUCUUUCCUUUAGUACUCUGCUAGUUAGCAUGUGCACCUUUGAAGCUUCAUUGUAACCUACAUUACUCAGUAAAUUGACGUCGGAAUAUUCACAUCUUCGGCAGCAACAUGAGCACGUUAUGGAUGGGGAACCUGGAGACCUACAUGGACGAGAAGUUUAUCACCAGAGCCUUUUCCACCAUGGGUGAGCAGGUGGUCAACGUGCGGAUCAUACGCAACAAGAUGACAGGUGUGUCGUCACCCAGGGGUGCUCUGGGUUACUGUUUUGUGGAGAUGACAGAUGAGGCCACAGCUGAAAGGUGUCUCCGCAAAAUCAAUGGGAAAGCUUUACCAGGAGCCACUCCGCCAACAAGAUUUAAGUUAAACAGAGCAACCUUUGGGAAACAAGACAGUGGUCAGAUGUAUUCUCUGUUUGUGGGAGAUCUAACUCCAGAGGUGGAUGAUGGGAUGCUUUAUGAGUUCUUUUACAACCGCUACCCUUCCUGUCGUGGUGGGAAAGUGGUGCUGGACAGCAUGGGGAACUCCAAGGGCUGUGGCUUUGUCCAGUUCCCAGAUGAACGGCUGCAGAAGCGGGCGUUAGAGGAGUGUCAGGGUGCUGUGGGACUGGGUGGUAAACCUCUGAGACUAAGCCUGGCUGCUAACAAUUUAAGGAACAGACAGCAGCAGCACUCAGACAGAUCGUGGCAAUCAAACUCUGGAUACAGACACAGCUAUGACCAGUACAACCAGUACCAGCAGCAGGCAUAUCCUGGGUAUUAUUCCUCCUGGGGCUACGACCAGACUGGAGGAGGGUAUGGCUACAACUAUCAGCAGUAUGAUUACACACAGUAUCCCCCACCAGAGGAAAGUGAAGCUGUUCAGGACGAUGGACUUGAAGAUCCCAGUCCAGAGCUGGAUGUGGUGGAGGCCAACAGGAAGUUCAUGGAGCUCAGUGAGGAGCUGUAUGAUGCUCUGAUCGAGUGUCACUGGCAGCCAGCUGAGUUCUCUAUAGAGCAGGACUAUAUGACAUCCAGCCUACCAGAGCCCAUUUACUGCUGAUACUGAACACAUUUUCUUUAGACGUUACCCUCCCAGGGUAUUUUAUUUUAAGUUGCCUGCUGAAAUUUUGACAGGAUGAAUAUUUUUUUAAGGACAUGAAGGAGUUAGCUAUGAUAAUAGAUCUAAUUCAAGCAUAAACCAGUGGCAAUGUCCAGUGUGUGCACACAUUCCUGAGUUACAACACAUGAAUACUUUUGAUUAAUUUAUGGAUCUAGACAAUGCUGAAUCCAAAUGAUAACAUGUUAAAGUGAUAAAUCUCAUUUCCAACAUGGUUCCAAAAUGUCAAGACAUACAAAACAUUUAAUAUAAAAUGAGACAGUCACAUCUUAAAAACCCAAAUUCAUCAAUACAAACUCAAAAAAUAACCACGUAAAUCUCAACAAUAAUAGACAUCACUCUGAUACCAUCAGGUUUGUGCCUGUGUUAAAAAGUCCUUGCAGUAUUAUACAAAUUGUAUUUGUAUGUCAUUAAAGGCCCAUAUGUAAGAA